GUGAGUUUCGAGUUGAAAUCGAGAUCUUCCGGAAGACAAAAGAGAACGAGGCGGUUAAAAAAAAAACGACAACGCCUCCUCGUUCUUCCGGAAGAGGAAGAGGAGUUAUAAUUUAACACCAACGGCCGGAAAGGGGCUGGUCCCCAUCGUCCCGUGCACAUUCGCGUGGAAGGAAAUCUGUUGCGAAGGUGACGACGACCGGUUAAAAGUUUGAUGGUAUUCCGAGAGCAGCAGUCGGAGAGGCGCACGUCAUGAGCACGCCCGUCAUCGAUCGAGACUGGGACCCAGAUUCACCUCUGGAGACGCUUUUGGACCAGCAGGCUCGCUCACAGUGCACCAUCACAACUCUGCAGCAUCAGCUGAGGUCCUUUGAGGAGCUCCGGGAACAAACCCUCCAUCACAUCUCCCUGGUGCAAGUGGAGAUCGGCGAGUUAUUGAGCGAGGGCCUGAACGACGACAGUCCCCAGAGCGUCCCUGGGCACAGGAGGAGCCAGCAGCAGCCUGCGUUCAGCAGCACCCUGCUGCCCUCGGCGGGCAAGACCACAGAGGCGGACAAAAUACCGGGCGAGAGCACGGCUCAGAGCUUCAGCGUUUCGGAUAACGUGAGCCGGCUCGUAGACAGGAUGAGCCUGUGUCUGCUCACAGACGAUCUCUCCGGGGUGGCCGAGGGCGGCGUCAAGACAUCGUCGCGCCCUUCGUCCCGCGGCGGCGCCGCCACCUCCUCGGAGGAGUGCGACUGCGCGUCAACUGAGCGGCGACUCGGUGGCGGCAGUGGAGGUGGCGGGGGACCGCGGACCCCUGGAGGCCGCCGGCGCCGAAGGGGGCGAGGCGACGGACGAUCUGUGGGCAGCGCUGGAGCGCAUCGGCCUGCUGGGCACGUUCCUCCGCCACGAGUUGGAGAAGUCGCAGCUGCGAGAGCUGCUGCUCGUGCAGGAAGUGCAGAAGCUCAGGGGCUUCGGGAGCGGGAGCGGGAGCGGGAGCGUCGGCGAGAGCGACGAAGCCGCGGACGAUGCCGAGGACGAGGGCCGCCCGGUGAGGCCGCGGCGGAGCCUCGGGGACAAGAAGCUGCUGAGGAUCUCGGAGCUGGAAGAGACGGUGGACAGGCUUAA